GUCCGGCCCAAUAAUUUGCCCUAUUCAUGAGAGGGUGUCGUCUUUGGUAAUUACCUGCGCUCUUCGUUACAUUGACGAGGGUAAGUCUUGUUUCGAUCAACGGCUCUUUUUCGCUCUCGUCUUGAAGAUAAAUCAUGGAAAAUAGAAUCCCAAUCAGCUUAGACGAAGUGCGUGGUACUUUAGAGAAUAUUGGAAUUGGGGAACCUGUAAAACCCAAGGAAAAUUUUCUCCAGAUUUUAGGUAUUACACAAGCAGAAAGUGAGUUGUCAUCUAUUGAUCCUCCCUCCCUGGAAAUGUUAUGCUACUUGUGGCUUUCAGAAACUUCACUUGGGAUCCCAUUCGAGUGGGAGGUGCCAAUGAUCAAGACAACAAACAAGUUUGGCUAUCAAGAUGUCCUGAAGUUCAGUCAGAAGUCCACUCAAAAGCCAUGCGAGGCUACCGCCUCAUUUUCGCCUCACUGCCUCAACCGCCUCAUACCGCCUCGGCCCGGCAAGGCGUACGCCUCUCAGGCUUAAAAGGCCUGCCUCACCGCCUUACCGCCGCCUCGAAUGCCUUUUAAAACCAUGUGUAAUAAUGUGUUAAGAAAAAAAAAACUUACAGUUUAUCAAGUAAAUAGGCAUUGUCCCACAAUGCUGAGCUUAGAACUCCACAUGAAUCAAUGAAUCUUUGUUUCAACU